CACUGCUCUCCAACUCAGGAAAUGUAUUCUAAGCUGCAUUGUUCUAAAUGUAGAAGUACCAAAGACUCUCUGGUUUAUCCAGUUUUAAUACCAUCGCACCUCAUUGAAAGAACUGCUGCAGAUGCUUUCAGAAAGGAAUGCUCCGCUGGUGACAGGUGUAAUGGAGGGGGUUCUACGGUCUGUGUAGGGUGUUACGCAGAUGAAGGCGUUGGGAGCGAGAUGGAGGAGUAACACCAGAGCUCAGCUGGAUAUUGCUCUGAAAUUUGGAGUAUCGUUGAAGGAAGAAGGGGUUAUCAGAAGAAGUAUUACUACUCCAGGUGCUGAGUAUAUUAAAAACCAUUAUCACUGCUGAAUUGCUGGAAUGGAGUUUGAUGCGCACGACCCUCCGGCAUAUUCCGAUAUCCAUCAUCAUGACCCUCCCCAUUACCAUGAACCUGCAAUGCACUGUGAGCCUCCACCAUAUUGUGAACAUGAAGAUGCCCCUCAUCAUCAUAACGUUCCCCACUACCCAGAACCCAUACCACACAAUGUAUAUGAAGCCAGUCCAGAAUCCAGCCCACAGUACGUCCCUGAAGUGCCUUCACGGUCAGUGGCUGCACAUAAAAAUGGUGCAUUGUGUAAUGCAAGGAGCAGAAAGAUUUCACGCAUUAGCGCAGCCCUCUGUGUCCUUAUUGCUGCAAUAAUCAUUAUUGCUGUACUGAGUUGGCAUUUCGGAACAGCAACAAAAUGUCAGGCGAGCUGCGGGUCCUCCUCAAACUGUGUCCUCGUAUCCCAGUGGUGCGAUGGAGUAAAGCACUGUCCAAAUGGAGAAGAUGAAAGUAGCUGCCUUCGGAUGUAUGGACCAAACUUCCAGCUGCAGGCCUAUUCAGCAAGUAAAGCAACAUGGCUGCCAGUGUGCGCAGAUAACUGGGGCGAUUCCAUUGGAAGAACAGCUUGCCAGGACAUUGGAUACAGCUCGAGCAGCUAUAUUAAAAGUAACGCGGUGACGGCCCCUGCGAGUGAUGGAUAUGUCAGGCUCAAUAACUAUGCUGGGACAGGAAACAUAUUUGCAAGCCUUAAUUACAGUUCUACCUGUAGCUCAGGGCUUGUGGUCUCAUUGAAAUGUAUAGAUUGCGGUUUGUCUACAUAUGGGGAAAGCAGGAUCGUAGGCGGAAGCAGCGCUUCUAUAGGAGACUGGCCUUGGCAAGUGAAUCUUCAGUACGAUGACACUAAUCUAUGCGGCGGGUCAGUCAUCGCUGCCAAUUGGAUUGUAACUGCCGCUCACUGUGUACAGGGGGACACCUCUUCCCCUUCUCUGUGGAAAGCUUUCAUUGGGAAAAUAAAGAUGCCAAGUUAUUAUGACAGCAGCGCCUAUUCUGUGGAUAGAAUCAUAGUGCACCCUGAUUAUUCCUCCCAAACCAAUAGCAACGACAUUGCACUGAUGAAACUGAAGACGUCGAUUGCAUUCAGCAGCAUCAGCAGACCUGUAUGCUUACCUAACUAUGGGAUGCAGUGGGAGGAAGGGCAGCCAUGUUAUAUAUCUGGAUGGGGAACGACAUCACAAAAAGGGUCUAUUUCUUCUGUUUUGAAAUACGCUAUGGUGCCUCUGAUUUCACCCACUACAUGUAAUCAAACGAUUAUGUACAAUGGAGCCAUCACUUCUUCCAUGAUAUGUGCAGGUUAUCCCAAGGGAGGAGUAGACUCCUGCCAGGGUGACAGUGGAGGCCCGCUAGUUACCAAAACCAACUCUUUGUGGUGGCUUGUGGGAGAUACAAGCUGGGGAGAUGGAUGUGCCAAUGUCUAUAGACCUGGAGUGUAUGGAAACAUGACAGUGUUUUUGCAGUGGAUAUACUUGCAGAUGCAGAUGUACAGCUGAGCAUGACAUCAAUGUCGAUGGAACGAGAAAAACACGUCUGGCAGUCUACUAAUCAUGUCUUAACCAAAUAAUAAAUAUUAAUGAAAGAAUAUGGAUGAGCACAUUAAAUAAAAUAACCAUACAACAAACUGGUUUCCAUGCAAAAAACAGGUGCAGAGUGAUGUCAAAAAAAAGUUUUUAAAGAAUAAGCCACAUUUAUAUUAUUUACAUUUAUAACUAUGUAUAUAUAUAUAUAUAUUGUAUUAUUAUUAAGCAGGAGGGUCUUGAUAUCAGAGUCAAAUAAAUGUGUUUAUGGAAACAGGGAGAAAGCAUAAGUUUUAAACUGCUUAUUUUCUUCUGUUUAUAUCAGCAAGGAACCAGUUAAUGAAGGCUUAAUUUUUGAUAGAUCUGGUUCAGCAAGUGUUUAGGUUGACUCUGGAGGAAGUUCAAAAGAGAAUAGACUUGUUGAAGUUAAACAUCUGAGGCUAUUUACCCCAAGGCUACUACUUUUAUUGCUUUGAUGUCACAAAGAUUGGUGACUUACUAAUAUGGUCCUGUAGGGCUUUAAAAGGAGACAUCAAUGGAUGAGAUUCUGGCAGACACAUAUAAUUAGCUUCUACUAGGAGAUAAACACACCAAGACCUUGUGAUUGCACUCAAUGUCACACAUGUUACUUAUUGCCGUAAAGGAGAACUAAGCACAAGUAGAGAAUGUUGCACCUUGUGUUUGGUCUGCUGUACCAGCCCAAGGCUACCAUAUAUACAGUAUGUACAGAGUCAUACACACAGUCCGUAUGCAGAGUGUUGUUGUUUUUGGCUAAUGUGAUGCAAAAAUGCUAACCCCAAAUGGAACUACAUCAUUAAAUUCAUAAAACCUUU